AUGCAGCUAUCAACAUGGAUUCCUCUGGGGGUGUUGCUGCGUAUCUUGCUCGCCCCCAAAGCCGUACCAACCACUCCGAAGAGACCUGGCUCAGAUGAAUCACAGGCGAAUCUCGCACUCGAGAAUUUUCCGACGUCAGGGGAGCCCAAUAUACUUUUUAUCCUCACUGACGACCAAGACCUGCGGCUUGACUCACUCGAGUAUAUGCCGUUUCUGCAAAGACAUCUCAUCAAACAGGGAACACUAUUCCAACGACAUUUCUGCACGACUGCUAUCUGCUGCCCCUCUCGCGUUAGCCUUUGGACGGGAAAAUCUGCGCACAAUACCAACGUGACUAAUGUGAGCCCUCCUUAUGGGGGAUAUCCGAAGUUCGUGUCUCAAGGACUCAAUGAUGAUUGGCUCUUUCCAUGGCUCCAGGAAGCUGGGUACAACACGUAUUACACUGGAAAACUUUUCAACGCACAUACAGUCGAAAACUAUAACUCUCCCUUCCCCUCUGGCUUCACCGGCUCGGACUUUCUCCUUGACCCUUACACGUAUCAAUAUUACAACAGUACAUUCCAACGGAACAAGAACCCUCCUAUCCUUCACGAUGGUGUUUAUCAGACCGACUUGAUUGCCGAAAAGGCGUACGGUUUCCUCAGUGAUGCCGUCAACGCUGGAAAGCCGUUCUUCCUCGCUGUAGCGCCUACCGCACCACACGCCAACGUAAAAGAUGGUGUAUUCACCGAGCCACAGCCUGCGAGACGUCACGAGAAACUCUUCCAGAAUGCUCGUGUGCCGCGGACAGACAGUUUCAACCCGGAAAAGUCAUCUGGAGCUAACUGGGUUCUUGAACUGCCUCAGCAAAACAAGAGCAACGUCGACUACAACGACCACCUGUAUCGGCAACGCCUUCGUGCCCUUCAGAGUGUUGAUGAGAUGAUCGACGGUCUCAUCACUCGUCUCGAACAACGUGGGCUCCUCGACAGCACAUACAUAAUAUACACUGCCGAUAAUGGGUACCACAUUGGCCAGCACCGUUUGCAACCGGGAAAGACAUGCGGUUACGAGGAAGACAUCAAUGUCCCGCUUAUAGUCAGAGGACCUGAAGUCCCUCAAAACAAGGUCACAGACAUCGUUACAACACACACCGACCUCGCUCCAACUAUUUUCAGCCUCCUAGGCCUGAAGCUCCACAGCAGCUUUGAUGGUGCUGUCAUUCCUUUGACACAGCAAGGCCUUGCAGAUGCAGCUCUUUCGCGUCACGAACAUGCCAAUGUCGAGUUUUGGGGGAUCGCUAUCCCUGAGGGCAUUCACGCUGGGGAACGCCCAACGAAUAAUACUUAUAAGGCGUUGCGCCUGGUUGGCAGGUCGUUCAAUCUAUACUAUUCGGUCUGGUGCAACAACAAGAAAGAGUUGUACGAUCUCUCCACAGACCCCUACCAGAUGUACAAUCUCAUUGCAACAGGAUCACCAAACGGCACCUACACAGGAAACGCAGCACUACAUCUCCCAGGCCGCUCAGUCUUGCUGCCCCGAUUAGAUGCUCUCCUCCUGGUGCUCAAAUCCUGUGUGGGAAAUGCAUGCAUUAAUCCCUGGAAAUCACUCCACCCAACUGGGGAGGUGCGAAGCCUUGAGGAUGCGCUGAAGCCGCAGUACAAUGCAUACUACACUCAGCUCCCACGGGUGGAAUUCACGAGUUGCGAGAUCGGUUAUAUUAUUGAGGCGGAGGGACCUCAGUGGGCCAAAUAUGAGCGGCAAUAA